AUGAUAAAAAAAUAUGAGAUUGUGCAACUUUGUCAAUUAGCGUGUGGCACGACACGAGGCAAGUUGUUUCCAGCGGUUUGCAGGCCAACUUGUUUACUUGUACCCUUCCAGAAAAGAGAGAUUCUAGUAAGAAAUGGCAAUCCCAAUGUCCCAUACCUCUUCUUAGUUUUGAUUUUCGCAAUAAACCAGUACGGAGAAGGCCAAAAUCAUGAUCAUGAAUACUGUCCCGAAUUACGGUGUGGUCGCCACGGCCCAGCCAUACGAUUUCCUUUCCAACUCAAAGACCGCCACCCAAAGUAUUGUGGGUUUCCUGGGUUUCAGCUAUCCUGCACCCAUACCAAAGAUACUGUGCUCGAGCUGCCAAUUCCAGUAAAGCUGUUUGUCAAAAAGAUUGACUACAAAUCUCAGGAAAUUCACGCAUAUGACCCACAUGGUCAGUGCCUUCCUCGCCAACUUUUGGGAAUCAAUUUGUCUUAUAUUUCCUCAGAUUUCCAACUCAAAAAAGAUUAUCAUGAAUACCUUGAUGACUAUGCCUUAUUCAAUUGUUCCCAUACAAAACCUGAUUAUAACCCUCGGAUCUCUUGUCUUAGUGGCUCUACCUACCGAGUUUGUGCCUUAUACCAUGAUAGAGACAUAGCAAACUGGCCCAAACCUCCUUGCACGAAGAUGAAUAACCUUAUAUCAUUUCCAACGAGAAUUAUAGAUGGUUUUGAUAAGAUUCUUCACUUGGAAUGGUCCAGACCAGCCUGCGGAUACUGCGAAGUUCAAGGCUUGAAUUGUAGAGUAUUGGCGAGUAAUAGCACCGACUCAGAAACUGAGUGCUUCCUCAAACAUGCUAAUCACACCACAGGUGCCAUCGUAGGUUCUUCUGUAUUAAUACUAGCAGUACUCUUUGGAGUCUACCGUGUGUAUAGUUAUAAUAAAGAAGAAAAAGAAAAUGAAGCAAAGAUAAAAGAGUUCUUGGAAGAUUACAAAAAUUUUAAGCCCUCGAGAUACUCGUAUGCUGAUAUUAAAAGGAUCGCAGAUCGAUUUACAAAUAUGUUGGGCCAAGGUGCAUAUGGAACAGUGUUCAAAGGAAAGCUUUCAAAUGAAGUCUAUGUUGCUGUGAAGAUCUUGAAUGCUUCCAAGGGAAAUGGAGAAGAAUUCAUAAAUGAAGUGGGAACAAUAGGUAGGAUCCAUCAUGUCAAUGUGGUUCGCUUGAUUGGCUUUUGUGCUGAUGGAUUUAGACGAGCUUUGGUUUAUGAGUUCUUACCAAACGAUUCGUUAGAGAAGUUCAUAUCUUCAGCAGAUGCCAAGAGUUGUUUUCUUGGGUGGACUAAGCUACAAGAUAUUGCCCUCGGCAUAGCAAAUGGAAUCGAAUAUCUUCACCAAGGGUGUGACCAACGAAUCCUUCAUUUUGAUAUCAAACCUCGUAACAUUUUACUAGACACAAACUUCAAUCCAAAAAUUUCUGACUUUGGUCUCGCCAAGCUGUGUUCUAAGGAUCAGAGUUUGGUGUCCAUGACCACAAUCAGGGGGACUAUGGGUUACAUUGCACCUGAAGUGUUCUCUAGGAACUUUGGGAAUGUUUCCUAUAAAGCAGAUGUUUUUAGUUUUGGAAUGUUGUUACUUGAAAUUGUUGGAGGAAGGAAAAAUAUGCACGACGACGUUACACCUGAAAAUGCUGGCCAUGUCUACUUUCCAGAAUGGAUUUAUAAUUUCUUGGAACAAAAAGAAGACUUACGAGUCUUCAUUGAAGAUGAAGAAGAUGAAAGCAUUGCGAGAAAACUUGCCAUUGUUGGACUUUGGUGUAUCCAGUGGCACCCUGUGGAUCGUCCUUCCAUUAAAUCUGUGAUACAAAUGUUAGAAGGAAAAGGAGAUAAACUUAUCAUGCCUCCUAAUCCUUUUGCCUCCAUUGACAAUGCAAGAAUCAAUGCGAGGAGGCCUACAAUGCAUUUAAACCGGGAAUUAGAAAUCCUACCAGAAGAAGAGUAA